AUGAUGAAGGCAAUCCACAUCGACAAGUUCGUCUCUAAUGUCGCAGACCUACAACCAUCUACCAUCCUACCCUCAACGCCCAAAUCACCCCGGGAUAUCCAUAUCAAAAUCAGCCACGCCGCGGUAACACACGUCGACCUCCUCUAUGCGCAGGGUUUGCAUCAAAACAACCGCAGACAUGUCCAACCACCCUUCACCCUAGGCACAGAGUUCUCGGGCGUCGUGACCCAUAGCCCAGAAGAUUGUUCAUUCAAACCCGGCGAUCGUGUCUUUGGCGGAGGUUUAGGCGCCUAUGCGGAACAGAUAUGUGUUCCUGAAGAUGCCGUUCGUCGUGUCCCAUCUCGGUGGACGAAUGCCGAAGCAUGUGCAGUAGGCGCAAGUGGUGCGGUCAGCUAUGGUGCUUUACUCUCCGUUGCGCAACUUCAAGCUGGAGAGACGGUACUUGUACUUGGUGCCAGUGGUGGACUAGGUGUCAUGGCUGUGCAGAUUGCAAAGGCUAUUGGUUGCAAGGUCAUUGCUGUCGUUGGUGGAUCUGAGAAAGCUGGGGUGGUCAAAGGGAUUGGUGCGGAUGUUAUUGUGGACUAUGGAGACGAGGGGUGGGAAAACAGAGUUAGGGAGGCGACUAAGGGUGGAGAGGGGGUGGAUGUUGUGUAUGAUGGGAUUGGGGCUGUGGAGAGUGGGAUCAAGUGUCUGAAGUAUCGGGGACGAUUGGUUGUGGUAGGAUUCGCAGCCAGGAAUGGGAGCGUUGAAAAUGUAAGGACCAAUCGAAUUCUGCUCAAGGGAGUUGCAGUACUUGGUUAUCGGUUUGGAGAAGACGGCAGGAGAGACCCGCAAAGAACGAAGGAUGUUUGGGACGGCUUUGUCAAGCUAGUGGAUGAUGGGAAGAUACGGCCUGUCAUAUACAAGGAGGAGUAUGCUGGGUUAGAGACGGUCAGUAAGGCGCUGGAAGAUGUAAAGGCGCGGAAGGCAUGGGGCAGGUCUGUGGGAGACGCCUAUUUAUCACGACACCAACUCGCAAUUAUGGCGUCUUACGGCAGCGAUCCCGAGGAGGAGGAAGAGGACUUCAACCCGGCACCUGAAAUCGACGAAGAUGACAUCGCGCCAACCAACAAGGCCUCGCGCAGGCCGGCAGACGAAGACGAAGAGGAUGAAGUCGAUGCGCCGAACAGGAUGGGCAACGAUGACGAAGACGAAGAGGGCGGCGGCAUAGAUGUCGACGAUGACGACGACGAUGAGGAGGAUGACGAAGAAGAUGAAGACGACGAAGAUGUUGUCGCCCGACCCGCCAAGCGGAGAAAGAAGGCGAAGCGAAACAUGUUCAUUGAUGUUGAAGCCGAAGUCGAUGAAGACGAAGAAGAAGAGGAAGAAGGCGACGAUGAAGGUGUUGAUGAAGUCCACCCCGACGACCUCCUCGAGCCCACGGGCGCUGAUCUCGACGACCGACACCACCGCGAACUAGACAUGCGCCGCGAAGUUAACGCUCAAAAGGAUGUCGAGGAGCUUGCCAAGGAGUUCGACGAGAAGUACAGGCGACGUGAAAUGCAGAGCGCUCGACGCGGUGGUGCUGGUGCCGUUCCCCUGGCCUUGCCCACUGUCGACGAUCCAUCUAUCUGGGGUUGCAAGUGCCGUCCUGGAAAAGAGCGUGAGAUUGUCAUGGCUAUUCAGAAGCGCAUCGACGAGAAGAUGCGCGCGGGCCAGCCAAUCCAGGUCUACUCUGCCUUUGAACGAGGCCCUACAGGACCUCAGUCUGGUUUCCUCUACGUGGAAGCCGACUCGAAGCAGGCUGUUGUUGAGCUGAUUGAGGGCAUCCAAAAUGUCUUCAUGGGCUCUGGCCAAUUCUCCAUUCCUCCCAAAGAGCGUCCAGAUCUGCUCCGCAAGAAGAAGCGCGCGCCAUUAGAAGUCGGCAAGUUUGUGCGCAUGUUGCGACCUCCCACAUACAAGGGCGAUCUCGCAAAGGUCGUAGAAGUCUCGACUAACGGUCUUGACUGUGUCGUACAACUCGUACCACGUCUAGACUACGGCCUGAACGACGAUGCCAACGCCGCACAAGACAACAAGCGCAAGCGCGGUUUCUUUGGUCGACAGACCGAGCGCCCACCUGCCAAACUCUUCAACGAAGCCGAAGCGAAGAAGCGACACAUGAAGCAUCUCAGUAUGACCGGAUCUGGCAAUCAAAGGGCAUACACCUACAAGGGCGAAGACUACCAGAACGGCUUCCUUAUCAAGGAAGUCAAGGUCAACUGGGUCAGCACUGAAAAGGUCAACCCCCGGAUGGAGGAGUUGCAGUUCUUCGCAAUUCAGAAUGCAGAUGGUACAGAGACCAUGGAUCUUCUGGCAGUCCAGGCUGCGCAAAAGGCUGCAGACUCUGGCUCUGCCUUUGCUGCAGGAGACAAUGUCGAGAUCUACACUGGUGAACAGAAGGGUAUCCGCGGUACCACUGUUACCGUAAUUGGUGACAUCCUUACACUCCGCGUCAGUGAAGGCGAUCUUAGGGGCAGGCGGAUUGAUGCUCCUGUCAAGACUCUACGAAAGCUCUUCCGAGACGGUGACCACGUAAAGGUCAUUGGUGGUAGCAAGUACGUCGACGAAGUUGGUCUAGUCACCAGGAUCAAGGACGAUAAGAUUACCUUGCUUUGUGACUCUACCCAGCAGGAAAUCACUGUCUUUAGCAAAGACCUGAAGCGCGCUGCUGAUUCGGCAAACGUCGGCGCUGACUCCAACUUUGAUCUCUACGACUUCGUGCAGAUUGAUGCCUCGACCAUCGGUUGCGUUGUCCGUGUCGACCGAGAAGUCCUACGAAUUGUCGAUCAACAGGGUGAUGUUCGCACACUCCUCCAUACACAAGUCUCACAAAUCGUCGGAAGGAACAAGCAUGCUGUAGCAACCGACCGGGACGGUUCUGAGAUCCGACACGAGGACGAUGUCAAGGAAUAUGGAGGCGAGGGCCGUCAAGGCAAGGUUCUAUACAUCCACCGAGGUACACUCUUCGUCCGCAACCGCGAACUAGUCGAGAAUCAGGGUAUCUUCGUGGUCCGAAGCAACAAUGUUGUUACAAUGGCAGCAAAGAGUGGUCGCGCCCAAGCCCAGGGCCCAGAUCUUAGUGGCAUCAACCCUGCCUUAAACGCAGGAGCGAACGGCAAUGCGACCGCCAUGCCUCCACCCCGCGCAUCUUUCGGCCGUGAUAAGCUCAUUGGCAAGACAGUCGUCAUUCGGAAGGGUGCCUACAAGGGUCUUUUGGGCAUUGUCAAGGAUACCAUGAACGACGAAGCUCGCAUCGAACUGCACACCAAGAACAAGCAGGUCUCAGUAAAGAAGGAGCUCCUCACUGUCAAGGAUCCCAUUACCGGCCAAAGCGUGGAGAUCGGAGGCAAAUUCCCUAACCGCUCGCGCGGAGGUUACUCAGGCGGUCAGACAAGCUACGGCGGUGCUGGCUCUGGUGGACGAACACCUGGCUGGGGCAACGCUGGAGGUGGCGGCCGUACGCCUGGCUGGGGAGGUGGCGGUGGUGGUCGCACACCCGGCUGGGGAGGUGGUGCCGCAGCUGGAGGCCGCACGCCUGGUUGGGGAGGUGACGGCGGACGCACAGCCUAUGGUGGAGGUGAUGGAUCGCGAACUGCUUAUGGUGGUGGUGAUGGCUCUCGAACAGCUUACGGCGGCGCAACUGCCUACGGAGGCGCCACAUCUUACGGCGGAGCGACAGCUUACGGCGGCAACGACGGAAGCCGUACCGCCUAUGGUGGUUUCAGCUCAGGUGGUCGCACACCUGGUUGGGGUGGAUCGGGAGGAAACACUACUUCGAAAUCUGGUGGUCUCUCUGCCCCCACGCCUGGCGCCUAUAACGCCCCAACACCAGGUGCUUACGCGGCGCCUACACCCGGUGGUUAUGGCGCGUACUCUGCCCCUACGCCGGGAGGACCACCUAUGGAUGCUCCCACGCCUGGCAACUACGCUGCGCCUACACCUGGUGAUACAUCGGGUGGUCGAUAUGGUCUUGCGGCGCCCACACCAGGUGCGUGGGAUGCUGCAACGCCAGCACCUAGUGGCGAUCCUGGGUACGAUUAG